GCAUAUCCGUGUUGCAGAUGAGCAGAGAGUGGCGGAAGUCUGGGAUCUGUUGCCUGGAGAUGAGAGGUAUCUGUCACAGAGGAGUGGAUCAGGACUUCACCCAGAUUGACAAGUCACUGGAGGGAUUACGCCGUGUGCUGUAAGCCGUCUAUCUACAUGGCAAUAAAGAGUUUUUUCCCCCCCUUACUGACUUAAAGCCCUACUAGCUAACUGAUCAUAUGAUACCCCUUGAGAAAGCUUGAAAGGAUGCAGCGCCAGCCCAGCAGCCUGACAGGAAAUGAGAAAUGAGCACCCAAACAGGAAGUGUGGCCAAGUAUUGUCCCGGAUGUCGGUUGUGUGACGGCAGCACCGGAAGCUGUAACCAACCACAGGAGUCUACCAUGACAGCAUCAUUGUGACCUAAUUCCGAGAUGGAUAACCUGCCCUGCAGACUGAACUAAGCUGAACCGUAUCUCUCUGCUUAGGACUGAAGAGAGAGGUUAUGGAGGAGGCUAUGGUGUGCUCUCCUCUCCCAGACCUCAAGCAGCCAAACAGCCAGGCAUGCACCUCCUUGGAGCCCCUACCACCGAGCAGGCCCCUGGAGGAGGCUAACUCUCCUCAAACUGGAAGGAUCUCUGAGGAGCCAGAGGAGCACUGGGACUCCAUGACUUUACCCGUGUACCCCAUGACCUGUCCCAGUGUCCUUCUGUCCUUUGCCACAGUGCAGUGGGACAUGCCUGACCUUUCCCCUGACACACCCUUCCCCAUGACUGACAAUAGCUUGGCCGAUGAGCUGGAUUCCAGUGGAGCAGCCAGUCUGGACUGGACUGUGAACCCGCUGUCCCUUCACCACCACCACCACCAACAGCAGCAGCAUCAAUCCUGUGUAACAAUGAUAAACAUAGAGCUGUCUGUCCAGGAGAAGACAGAGAAGCACAAUAGACCGGAACAGCAGUUGCCUCUGGACAGUGAAAACUCCCAUCCGCUGCUGUUGCAAUUCCAGGCAUGUGACACACCGAGCCCAGAUGUGGAGGCUUCAGCACAACAGCUAUUUGAGGAACAUGACUCUCUUUCAGAAAGCUCUCCGCGGCAGGAGACAGAGAAAGAGAUGGGACAGCCUGUGACAGAAGAUACUAUCCCACCCUCUGACAGAGCUCCUAGCCCUGUACAGACAGGAGAGUCAGAGACUGGGCAGGAUAGUGAGAGUCUAGACUCUGUACUGGGAGAGGAACAGGAACAGACUACUAGAGUGCUAACAAUACCAAUCAAUUCAGAGCAAGGAUCAAGUUCUGCGAACUAUGAGGAGAAGGAACAGGCUGUAACUAAUUUAGUUUAUAAUGGAGAUUGUGACGAGCAGACAGAACAGACCGAGCAGUCAGAGGGGAGGGAACAGUCAGAUAGGGAGGGGGAAUCCGAGACUAUAGAACUCUUAGAGCACCUGUUUGAGCCAGCUGAACUGAAAGAACAGUCAGAACUCACAGAGAAGUCUGAACACAGUUGGCAGUCAGAGCCUAACCACACAAAACAGAGUGAAUACAAAGACAACACCGAGACAACAGAGCAGCCAGAAGAGUCUGAGCAACUUGUAGAGUCCGACCAGGUAGAGCAUUCAAAUCAGUUAGGGGAGGAAGAACAGCAAACUGAAGAUACCCGUUUACAACAGGCAGAACAGUCAGACAAGAUAGACCAGUCAGAGUCAGAGCAGACAGAAUGUUUAGAAUCAAAACAAUUGCAACAGACACAACAUUCUCAACAAAUAGUGCACUCAGAGCCGACAGAAUUUUCAGUGCAGACGGAACCACAGACAGAACCAUCACGGGAGAUGGAACACUCACAAGAUUCUGAGCAGUCAAAACAAUCAGGGGAUACAGAACAGACGGAACAGUCAACAGAUUCUGACCAGUCAAAACAAUCAGGGGAGACGGAGCAGUCAGAGCAGUCGGAACAGUCAGAGCAGACGGAACAGUCAGAUCAGACAGAUAACAAACCAGUACAUUCAAAGCAGUUAGAUCUAUGUUUCCAUUGCACAGAGGAACUUGAACAGUCAGACCGUACAGAAGAACAGAAACAGUCAGAGAUUGAACAGCCAGCGCAGACUGAACUGACUGAGUUGACAGAAGAGAAUGCGCAGACAGAGCAUUCCAAGCAGGUAGAAGAAUUGGAACCAAAAGAGUAUAAAGAGGAUUCAUGUUUUCCGCCCAGGGAAGGAAGUUUAGAGCAACUGGAGUCUCAGGUACAGCAAACAGAGGCCUCAGAACCAGUGGUGGUCCAUAUGAAUGGUGGAGGUUUGGACAGGGAGAAGGCCUGCAGGCUGGCUGAAAGACUCUACAGGCUGGAUGGGAUCCACAAGACAGAUGUGGUCAAACACCUAGACAAAGACAAUGGCUUUAGCCAAGCUGUUGGGCAGGAGUACCUCAAGUUCUUUGACUUCACCGGUCAGAGUCUAGACCAAGGCCUGAGGUCUUUUCUGAGGGUGGUGGUGCUGAUCGGUGAGACCCAGGAGAGAGAGCGAGUACUGCAGCAUUUCUCCUGUCGCUUCCAGCAGUGCAACCCUGACACCUUCUCCUCUUCAGGAGAAGUACUCACACUCACCUGUGCUGUGAUGCUUCUGAACUCUGAUCUGCAUGGACAGAAUGUGGGUAAAGCCAUGUCUGUGUCCAGCUUCGUGUCCAACCUGGAUGGGAUGAAUGAGGGUGAGAACUUCAGCAAGGAGCUGUUAAAGGCUCUCUACAACACCAUUAAGACUGAGCCUCUGGAAUGGGCAGUUGAUGAGAAGGAACUGAAGAGCUCCAUGCUGUUGGUGGAGGACGCUAAAGAGGACGCACCCUUGCGCUCCAAGAGCAACCCGUUCCAAGAUGUGCCUCAUGACAAGAAGGCCACAGUGUUCAAACAGGGCUUUCUCAAACGCAAGGCCCACGCUGACAUCGAUGGCAAACGCACUCCUUGGGGGAAGAGAAGCUGGAAGACCUUCUAUGGAGUGCUGAAGGGAAUGGUCCUCUACUUACAGAAGGAUGAGUAUAAGAUGGAGUGGCAGAGUACAGAGGAGGUGGUCAGUGUGCACCAUGCCCUGGCAGAGCAGGCAGCAGACUACACUAAGAGACCACAUGUCUUCCGUCUGCAGACUGCCGACUGGAGGGUCUUCCUCUUCCAGGCCUCCUCCACAGCAGAGAUGAGUUCAUGGAUCAGCCGUAUUAACCUGGUGUCAGCCCUGCACUCUUCUCCUCCCUUCCCUGCUGCCGUGGGCUCUCAGAGGAGGUUCUGCAGACCCAUCCUGCCUGCCUCCCAGUCUGCUCACACACUAGAGAGACAGCUGCAGUCCCAUGCUCGCAUGCUGCUGUCCUUCCAGGAGGACCUGGCCUACCUGCAGCAGAGUCUCCCUGAGAGCCGCAGGGCCAAGGCCAAGGAGCUGGAGGAACACCGUGUCAGAGAGGAGUACCUGCAGCAUGAGAAAUGUCGCUACGAGGCCUACAUCCAGAUGCUGGAGGUCUGGAAGGGUUUGAAUCAGUCAGUCGACACUGAGGUGGGAACCAGCGAGCUCAGCCUGUUUGACAGAGCUGUGUGUAAGGACACAGUGGAUGAAGAGGGAGAGGAGGGAACCCUGAAGAAGUCCCACUCCAGCCCCUCUCUGGAUGUGGAGAUGGCCUUGCCCCACGUGGUCAAAGUCAAACGCAACAUCUCGGAAAGACGGACCUAUCGCAAGAUCGUCAUACCUCGACGCAACCGGGACAUAUGAGAAAAGGUUCCCAAAAGGGAUUAAAAUAUGACUCUUACAUGAGUUUUUAAAUGGCUCCUUUGAGGACAUAGACAAGAUGUGUUACUUCUAAGCACUGUCCUUUUCGUUUUCAUUUUCAGCAAGAAGGCAAAAGUCAUCAAAACAGAAUUAAUCAAUCUCAGGGAUCUUGCUUGUGUCCUUUUCUUUGUUACAUUUGCUUUACAUAAAAGUAUUUAAUUAAUAUUUGUGCACUUUCAAUUGAACAAAAUGAAUUAAACCUCAGAAGUCAAUGCUCCCUGCUGAGACAGGUCAAGAAGAGUGAUAAUGUUUGUCUCUGAUUGAUUUUAUUCCCUUUAAAAUGCACAUGAACAUACCUACACCUCUGAAUUUCCUGUGAUAUGUUGAGAUUCGUGUGUAUUUCUAUUAGAAAUGUAUCUCUGCAGUUACAAAAUGUUACUUGUCUGCGCCAUAUGGUCUAUGUAUGCAGUGUGCAAUUGUAAUCUCAAGAGGGUGCUAUACAACAGCAUAUUACACAUGAAGGCAUGUACAGUUUGAAAAAUCAUCAAAAUUAUGUCAAUAUGCUCAUUUUAAGUUCUUGUAUCUUUUAUGUAAUUUUAUAUAAACAUAUUUGGACUGCA